AUGCAAUUCAAACAAUUGGCCCUCGCUUCCCUUGUCUCCUCUUUGGCUGCUGCUGACUACACCAUCACCGCUCCAGACACCACUUUUACCAUUUCCCAACCAACCAGUUUGACCUAUACUUCUGGGGAGUACGUCAUCAUCGACACUUUCUACGGUUCUGGUUCCGUCCUCUACGACGAAAGUGCCCCAACCUCUUCAUCUUCUUCCUCCUCAUCUGCUUCUUCUUCUUCUUCUUCUAGCGUCGAAAGCUCUUCCUCCGAGGCCACCACUGUCACCAAGACCGAACACACCACCGCCAAGACCACUGAAAAGACUACCGAAAAGACCACUGAAGUCAAGACCACCUCUACUUUCUCUAGCUCUAAAAGCAAUACCAACACCACCACCACCGCUUCCUCGAGCUCUGGUUCUUUUGCUGCUACCAUCAUUGAACACGCUAGUGACUCUAUCUCCACUUACACCACUUCCGUCACCACCGUCACUGCUUCUGGUUUGGCCACCAUUGUUGUCACCAACGGUACCAACAACUCUCAAAUUACCGCUGGCUCCACCAAGACCGAAUCAGGUGCUGCUUCCGCUUUGAAGGUUUCCGGUUUCCUCGCCGCUAUUGUCUUACCAGCUCUUGCUAUGAUCUAA